GCCACAUUGUUGCACGAAACUCCAGAGCAAGAGUCCCGGGCCUCAGCUACCACCGCUGUGUCACUAAGCCGUGUACAUCAGCGGGCGACAGCAGCGCGCGUGUGAGCCGGAGAAGUACCAUCACCCUAGUGGAGCCCCGCUGCGGUCGUUCUCAAGUUGAGCCUUAGUGAUCCUGUGGCUGAAGUUAGUACCUUAGCAGUGGGGUAUCCCAGCACGUCGCCGGGAGAAAUUCUCGGUCUCCUUCCAGCCGUUGUGACUACCAAAACCUGUUUUUAGAGACCUGAAGACCUCCAGCCGGGCGCGCCACCGUGUGCCUUUUUUGUGUGCCUCCCGGACUCACUGCUCCCGGACGCGCCGCCUAGCCCUGGUAUAAAGCGGUCAGACCGCGCCGCUCUCAUCCUUUACACGCGCACCAGCCUCAAUUGCCCAAUUCCGCGCCGUCUGGCCACAGCAGGAUGAUUGCCUCGCAUCUGCUCGCCUACUUCUUUACAGAGCUCAACCAUGACCAAGUGCAGAAGGUUGACCAGUAUCUCUACCACAUGCGCCUCUCCGAUGAGACCCUUCUGGAGAUAGCUAAGCGGUUCCGCAAGGAGAUGGAGAAAGGGCUUGGUGCUACCACCCACCCCACUGCUUCAGUAAAAAUGCUGCCCACCUUUGUGAGGUCUACUCCGGAUGGGACAGAACACGGAGAGUUCCUGGCUCUGGAUCUUGGGGGGACCAACUUCCGGGUGCUUUGGGUGAGAGUAACAGACAAUGGACUCCAGAAGGUUGAGAUGGAGAACCAGAUCUAUGCCAUCCCCGAGGACAUCAUGCGAGGCAGUGGCACCCAGCUGUUCGACCACAUUGCCGAGUGCCUGGCUAACUUCAUGGAUAAGCUACAAAUCAAAGACAAGAAGCUCCCUUUGGGUUUCACCUUCUCAUUCCCUUGCAUCCAAACCAAACUAGAUGAGAGUUUCCUGGUUUCAUGGACCAAGGGUUUCAAGUCCAGUGGUGUGGAAGGGAAAGAUGUGGUUACUCUAAUCCGGAAGGCCAUCCAGAGGAGAGGGGACUUUGAUAUUGAUAUUGUGGCCGUGGUGAAUGACACAGUUGGGACCAUGAUGACCUGUGGUUAUGAUGACCAGAACUGCGAGAUUGGUCUCAUUGUGGGCACGGGCAGCAACGCCUGCUACAUGGAGGAGAUGCGUCACAUCGACAUGGUAGAAGGUGACGAGGGGCGUAUGUGUAUCAACAUGGAGUGGGGGGCCUUUGGGGAUGACGGCGCCCUUGACGACAUCCGCACCGAGUUUGACCAGGAGAUCGACAUGGGCUCUCUGAACCCCGGGAAGCAACUAUUUGAGAAGAUGAUCAGUGGAUUGUACAUGGGGGAGCUGGUGAGGUUGAUCCUGGUGAAGAUGGCCAAGGAGGAGCUGCUUUUCGGGGGGAAGCUCAGUCCUGAACUCCUUGCCACGGGCCACUUUGAGACCAAAGAUGUUUCGGAUAUUGAAGGGGAGAAGGAUGGCAUCCGGAAGGCCCGGGAGGUCCUGGUGCGGCUGGGCCUGGACCCGACGCAGGAGGACUGUGUGGCCACUCACCGGGUCUGCCAGAUCGUGUCCACACGCUCAGCCAGCCUGUGUGCGGCCACACUGGCGGCUGUGCUGCGGCGCAUCAAGGAGAACAAGGGCGAGGAGCGGCUGCGCUCCACCAUUGGGGUGGACGGCUCUGUCUACAAGAAACACCCCCAUUUCGCCAAGCGUCUUCACAAGACCUUGCGGCGCCUGGUGCCUGACUGCGACAUCCGCUUCCUCCGCUCUGAGGACGGCAGUGGCAAGGGGGCUGCCAUGGUGACAGCAGUGGCCUACCGGCUGGCCGAUCAACACCGAGCCCGCCAGAAGACUCUGGAGCCUCUAAAGCUGAGCCGUGAGCAGCUGCUGGAGGUCAAGAGGAGGAUGAAGGUGGAAAUGGAGCGAGGUCUGAGCAAGGAGACUCACGCCAUUGCCCCAGUCAAGAUGCUGCCCACCUAUGUGUGUGCCACCCCGGAUGGCACAGAGAAAGGCGACUUCCUGGCCUUGGACCUCGGGGGUACCAAUUUCCGGGUCCUGCUGGUGCGCGUGCGGAACGGGAAGCGACGCGGAGUGGAGAUGCACAACAAGAUCUACUCGAUCCCGCAGGAGGUCAUGCACGGCACAGGGGAUGAGCUCUUUGACCACAUUGUCCAGUGCAUUGCUGACUUCCUCGAGUACAUGGGCAUGAAGGGCGUGUCCCUGCCUCUGGGUUUCACCUUCUCCUUCCCCUGCCAGCAGAACAGCCUGGAUGAGAGCAUCCUUCUCAAGUGGACUAAAGGCUUCAAGGCCUCUGGCUGUGAGGGCGAGGACGUGGUCACACUGCUGAAGGAAGCCAUCCACCGGCGAGAGGAGUUUGACCUGGACGUGGUCGCUGUGGUGAAUGACACGGUUGGGACUAUGAUGACCUGUGGCUAUGAAGACCCUCACUGCGAAGUCGGCCUCAUCGUUGGCACGGGCAGCAAUGCCUGCUACAUGGAGGAGAUGCGGAAUGUCGAGCUGGUGGAAGGGGAAGAGGGGCGGAUGUGCGUCAACAUGGAGUGGGGGGCCUUCGGGGACAAUGGAUGCCUGGAUGACUUGCGCACAGAAUUUGAUGCGGCCGUGGAUGAACUUUCCCUCAAUGCUGGCAAACAGAGGUUCGAGAAAAUGAUCAGCGGCAUGUACCUGGGUGAGAUUGUUCGUAACAUCCUCAUCGAUUUCACCAAACGCGGGCUGCUCUUUCGUGGCCGCAUCUCGGAGCGGCUCAAGACGAGGGGCAUCUUUGAAACCAAGUUCCUGUCUCAGAUUGAGAGUGACUGCCUGGCCCUGCUGCAGGUUCGCGCCAUCCUGCACCACUUGGGGCUUGAGAGCACUUGCGACGACAGCAUCAUUGUCAAGGAGGUGUGCACGGUGGUGGCGCGGCGGGCAGCCCAGCUCUGCGGUGCAGGCAUGGCCGCCGUGGUGGACAAAAUACGAGAAAACCGUGGGCUGGACACCCUCAAAGUGACGGUGGGCGUGGACGGGACCCUCUACAAGCUACAUCCUCACUUUGCCAAAAUCAUGCAUGAGACAGUGAAGGACCUGGCUCCAAAAUGUGACGUGUCCUUCCUGGAGUCAGAGGACGGCAGCGGGAAGGGGGCAGCCCUCAUCACUGCUGUGGCCUGCCGCAUCCGAGAGGCUGGACAGCGGUAGACCCCCAGAAGCUGGAAGAACUUCCUCUGAUUUCCCCUCUUUUCUGCUUUAAAUUAUAAGACGCUAUCCCUUUGUGUCAGAGACAGACCCUCUUGGCUUUUCCUUGGCAAAGAGGACCUGAUCGAACUGGGUUUUGCCUCUGUCUACUCACUGUAGAGUUUGGUACCCAAGCCUUGGCCCGCUGAGAUAAACCGAGUUUGAAGUAAGGAUUUGUUCACACUCAUCACAACCGUUACAAUUGGUUCUCUUAAAACUCGGGAAAAAAUGAACCUUUGCUAAUCCCCGUGGCCAGAAUCCAUGUCCAAGUAUAAUCCUACAGGAUGAGGACACUAAUGACAAGAUACGGUUGCUUCACUUUGGAGCCUGAACCUGAACUUUCUUGGUGGAGAGCAUCCCCCGGCAAGGAGGUGGAUUGCUCUUUCUCCUCUCAGAGCUCUGGGAGGUCUCCACUGACUUGAGCCUGAUUCUCCCACAGACAGACAGACCUCCUCCUUGCAAGGAGGCGGGGGUGAUAACGGAGGGGGAAAGCCACAUGGCCAGCCCCUCUUCAAUCACAUCUACAAGCAUUUGCCCAGUGGGUUCCAGUGGAUGCUUUUCCUGGAAUCGCAGCAUCCUGUGUCUGAGGAAGCGAAACCAAAGCCAAGGGUCAACAUGGCCUGGGAGUGGGCUUGUUGUCCCAUCUCCUUGUGGGUUCACGAGUCAUCUGUAGGCAGUGGACCUUUAGGGGAGGGGAGAAUUUUUGGUAUGUUUUAAAAUGUUUUUUUUUUUUUUUCUUGCAGAAGUAGAAACACUGUAUUUUCAUUUUAAUUUAUAUUUGAAAUUUCUUUAGUUCAUGAAGUACACCUGCUCUCCUUCCUUUUGACACUGUACGUUACAAUUGGUUGUACGUGAUGUAUUUAUAUGUUAAUUUGUUAUGUAUAUAGAUGCACAGGGUCUCCUCAGCCUCAGCCUCAUGAGUAGGUCAGUGUGGUUGAAGGAGGGAAGCGGAAGAUAUGGAUUGGUUACUGGAAAUACCUCAUUCACCUGCAGGAAGAGAAGGAAAGCCUCUUUAGGGUGAGUGAAUGGUCAAGCAGCUCCUUCCCAGCUCCUCCUUUCCUGCAGACUCAGAAAUCUGGAAGGUGGCUGGGGGCAGAGUGAAGGAGGCUGGGGCUAUGGACCGAAGAAGGCACACCAACGUGGCUGCUCUGCCUAGAGACUUGUAACAAAGGAAGCGGGACUCAUUUCCAUAGACCCUGCUUAGAAAUCAUCAUUCUUAGGGUAGUUAGUUGGUAGUAUUUUAAACCCCUCUAACAAGGUAAAGGAAGCCACCAAAACCUUAAAGAAAAAAAAAAAAAAAAAAGGUCUCAUUGUUGAUAGCAAACCAAAACUAAACAAUUAAACAAUCAAACAAACAAAUAAAACCUCAGGGACAACACUUUGGGUGGAUUUGUGCCCUCCUAGCUAAUUUCGCCUUGGGUUUGGUUUGUGACGGUUCUACCAGAAGUGUUGUUCACGGACUUGCCUAGGCUGAGCUGUUUUUAUAAGAAGUAUUUAUUUGAAAUUGCCUUCGGGGGGCAGGGUGGACGGGUGGGACAUAAAACCUUCCGUACCCUGCUUUUCGAGGGCAGUUAAUUCUGCAUCUGAAAGAAAAUAUGCACAUCCACACAUACUCCACUUGAAUAUUUCAUAGUAAGGAGAGGAUAGCCUUGUAACACUGUUGAGUAGGAUGCAAGGUUCAAAAUAGAACGAUGGAAUGACAUGACUCAACAGCACUCAACUUUUGCAUGUUUAUCCAACUUGUACUGAGAACAGUGUCUAGAUUUGUGUGUCACUAAGGGAUGCCCAAGAAACAGAGAUGGAUUUUUAACUUUUGAACUUGAACAGCAGACACCGUCUAUGAAAUUGCACAUUUUUAAAAGGUAGAGCUGUGUGUGUGGCUAUUUAAGAUGUAUUGUUGGUUUUCAGGAAAGAACGCUGGAGAAUGCCUUUUGAACGUUUUUGUUGCCACAAUUAGGUGAUAGUUCCUUAUGGAUGCUGCCCUGCCCAUGUAAAUACACUGACUCUCAGCCUUUGACUGUGCUGUGCUCAAUAGCAGAUCAUCUCACAUCCUUGAGCGCUCAGUCUAGUGGAGAUAUUGUCGUGUAUGAUAAAAGAGCUAGUUGAAUUAACUGUGUGAUGUUAACUAUUAUUAAUAAAUUUUAACAUUUUU